AUGGGAGGAGAGGCGGCGUCGGCGGGAGCGGGGAGAGCUCCUUCGUUCGUGUUGGAGCGGGUGACCCAACACAAUCUGAAGGCCGUCCAAACUCUCGUACGGAGCAUUUUCCCCGUCACCUACAGCGACAAGUUCUAUCAGGAAUGCGUCGAAAACGAUUUGGUCGGCGUGAUUUUGCGGAACGGAGAAGCAAUUGCGAUAGUGGCCGUGAAGCCGGAGAACUUCGAAUCCGGUCCUUGUCUUUAUAUUCGCAGCUUCGGAGGUUCGGAAUGGGCGGGAAAUUCGAGGAAAUUUUGUGUUCAUUUUGCAGUGCAUCCGCUGUUCCGCGAGAAGGGAAUCGGCCAGUUCCUGAUGAACUUUGUCGAACAAAAACGCGCAUCUCUGAACCUUCCGACCGCAAUGCUUCAUGUUCAGGUACUUUAUACAUUUUUGAAUCAGAGCGGGCCGGAAUCCCGAUCGGGGUCACACUUUCCCGAAUCUUGAAAUUUGGUGAUUCAGAGCCGAAAAGCAUUGAUUGUUCAAAGUCCUGGACAUAAUCCAUUUCCGCUUCCAGACUUCCAAUAACACGGCCAUUCAAUUCUAUACAAAUCGAGGAUUCGUCAUCGAAGAAAUGAUACCCAAGUAUUACCAAAGGGUCGAUCCUCCCGAUGCGUUCGUUAUGCGUAAAUUUAUUCGGUGA